UUGUCAUAAAGAAAAAUACCCAACACACUCUGACAUUCUCAAUUCUCACCCCAUGUCUGAAAUCCAAAUCCAACCAUUUAUAUGAUUUAUCUAAUCCCCAUACCUUUCAGUUUUUUUCUUCAUAUAUAAUAUAGAAAAAGUGAAACAAAAAAGGAAGCUAAUAGAAAAGAGAUUGGAGUGUGAGUUUGUGUUUGUGUGGGUGUGGGUGUGUGUGUGGGUGUGUGAGAGAGAGAGAGAGAGUUAAUAAAAAUGUUGGCCAAAGAGUCGGGUGGUUCCACCUUCGAUCUUCCCGAGGAAUUAUUGCAAGUAUUACCCUCCGAUCCUUUUGAUCAACUCGAUGUGGCCCGUAAGAUCACCUCCAUUGCUCUCUCCACCCGCGUGUCUUUACUCGAAGCCGAGUCUUCUUCUCUUCGAGACAAGCUCACCGAGAAAGACCAACAAAUCGCCGACUUGUGUGCCCAGAUCGAUGCUCUCGAGACUUCUUUGUCUGAAACCUCGAAUAAGCUCGUUAUGGCCGACCAAGAAAAGGAGAGCUUGUUGAAAGAUAAUGCUUCGCUUUCUAAUACUGUAAGGAAGCUUCAGAGAGAUGUUUCCAAGUUGGAGGUCUUUAGAAGGAAGCUUAUGCAGUCACUUCAAGAGGACGAUGAAAGUUCUGCCACAGGGGGUCCUCCAAUCAUCGCGAAGCCAACACUGUCAGAAGAUGAUUCUGCCUUGAUUUCGAGAACUACUUCAAUGCGCAGCCAGUACUCUGAUUCGGGUGCAGAGGAUCGUGACUCAGAUGCCUCAAGACCUGGCUUACCUCAUGGCCUCCUGCUAGCAUCACAAACAAGCACACCGCGGCUAACUCCUCCGGGUUCUCCACCAAGUGUGUCAGCUUCUGUAUCCCCCACAAGGACAUCUAAGCCAGUGUCUCCUAGGAGACAUGCAGUUUCGUUUUCUACCUCAAGAGGCAUGUUUGAUGAUAGGUCAUCAAUAUCAAGCUCCGAUUCUGGAUCACAGUCUGGUCGCACUCGGGUUGAUGGGAAAGAAUUCUUCCGUCAAGUCAGGAGCCGCUUGUCGUAUGAGCAGUUUGGUGCAUUCCUGGCAAAUGUUAAAGAACUAAACUCCCACAAACAAACGAGAGAAGAGACUUUGAGGAAAGCAGAGGAGAUUUUUGGCCCGGAUAACAGAGAUCUUUAUGCAAUAUUUGAGGGUUUGAUUAAUCGCAAUGUCCAUUAAAUCAGCUGAGUAGUCAUCGGCUUCUCCACCUUGUGAUUUAUUUGGUAAAUUUUUUGGUGUAAAGUUGUCCAAUAAAGCCUGUAUUGUGACACCUUCAGAAAAAAAACAACACUUAAUUAAUGCUAUUGUUUCUCUUGGCUAUAA